UUGUAGUUAUUAAUUAGACACAAAAUUCGUCGGUUAUUUAAGAUUAAAGCGAAAAAUGAAGAUAUUCAGGCACUUUGCUAAAUUCUAUCCUGUUGUAUUUCAAAUGAAAAAAUUGACAACAGGGCAAUGUUUCCCAAUGUCAAAACCUAACCAUCUAAUAUGCUUCAAGCAGUGGACGGCCGAAAUGGUGAUGAACAUUAUAAGCAGUGCUAUUAACCUGAAGUACUGCUAUAAAGAAACUCAGUGCAAGCGAAUGAAUGUUCUCCAAGACUGCAAGAUCAUGGUGCUGCAGGAGGUAAAUGAGCCAGUUCUGAACAUGGCGGUCUCGAAGGCCGCGACUUUGCUCGGCGCGUACGAUUGCAGCAUUAUUGACCACGUUAUUUGGAACCAGGACUACAAUGGCAGUAUUUUCUCAUACAUGGCGGACGCGAUAUUCGUGGCAACUUCCACCCACCACUGCAUCCAGCGCUUUGCAAACCAAGCCACCGUGCCGGUGAUGUGCAUGAGAUCCAGAACGCACGCCAGCAUCCAAGCGCUCUCCACUAUCAUGGCUAUUAUUGAAGAAUUUGGCGAGAUGAGAUGUCUAAACCUUGGAUUCAUAGGACCUCCGCACCCGGUCUUAAACUCGUAUCUUCUGCUCUGUCCCAUGCUUGGAGCCAAUAUCAAGUUUUGCUGCUGUUGUCCAAAGUGUCCAGUAACCCCACUGCUCUACAAAGCGAGUAAAGACCUCAAAGACACGACCCACACUGAAGUAACGAAGUGUAAAGAGAAAACAGAAGUGUUGCAGAAGACCGAUGUUGUUAUCGCCGGCCCUACUACCGAGAAAAAGGAGAAGAUUCAAUAUUUUACCUUUAGUUUAAAAGAUAUUCAAAGUGGUUGUAACCCGCACUGGAUCUUCUUUCACACUUGCCCGAGAGGAGCCGAGGUGACGGAUGACCUCUUCUACCACGGAAACACACGGACGUUUAAAUGUUUUGAGAACAUGCAGUUCAUUGCAGCCGCUCUCAUGGCUAAUGGUGUCAAAGGGUAUCUAUUUUAGACGGCUUUUUCAUGUUGGAAAUGUAACACUCUGUGAUAGUUAAUCAGAAAAAAGUAAGUGAACUGUGUUUAAAGUUGUAAUCAAAAUAAUAUAUUUAUUAAAUAAACUUUCGA